GGAAAACGCAUUAGAAGUUUCUUGGGAUUUAGGUUACAACUAGAGCUUGGCAGUAUGUAAAAAAAACGAGAACUUCAUCUGCGUCUGCCUCCGUCCGCAUAUUAAGAUGGCGGACUUCGAAAAUGCCAACCAUGUCGUGGAGGAGCAGCGAGCCGAGGCGGUUUUUGUGGCUGCCAAGGUGUCGCCAGACGACGGCAGCGAAUCCGUUCCCGCCGGAGGACAAGCUUCAAAUUCUCAGUCGUACAGCCAAACACAGUCGCCGUCGAUGUCGCAGUCAGAAUUCGGGGGAACCACCUCGCAACACGAGCCAGUGGUGUUUCUACAGGCAAAUGCCGGAGCAUCAUCUUCGGCACAGCCCUCCCCAACUAGUCCGAACACCCUGGCAGCUGCCCGGAACUACGUGCAGGUGGGAAGCCUGCUGAGCGGUGCAUCGUCGAACAAAGGAGCUACAACCAAACUGACCGCCGCAGAGAUGCUAGAGCGCCAGCGGAUGAACACACUGCGAACUGCGGAAGAAUUGGGGUAUUUACCCGGAACAAGCGGCAACAAGCCGGCUAUCGGCCGCGGGUCUGGAUCAUCGUCUACGACAACGACAACCCGUGCGCUAGUUUCAACCAAUUACGACGGAAGCACGACGAACCUCCCGAUUCCGCUUGGAAAUCAUAGCACCGGAGCUCCUGACACGCCCGACGGAAGUUGUGUCGUCCCUACUUCGCGGCACAGCGGAAACACCAACUCAAAGCUUACCGCCGCCCAGCUGACUAUCAACGCGCUACCGAAGGCGACAAAAUUACUCUCGUUCGAGGAACGAAUUCGGUCCGAGGAAAGUAGCAGACAGAAUUCGCAUUUGACAACCGCAUCGCCGCAGGAACAUUCAUUGCAUCAAAACAGUCUUGACAAAUCCGUGCUCUCCGCAACUGCACAGUUCGUCAACAGCGGAAACGCACCAGCAGCCGCGGCCGCACGGUGGAGCGAGGUGGACCAGCUACGACGGGUGUCGUACCAAAGUUCUACUUCUCGGGGGAGCGUGACUUCUAAUGGCGGCAGCGGUGGUGGUUUUAAUGUUAGUACUACACCCGGUGUGGCGACGAGCACGAGCCAAGGAGCUGGUGUGCAUUUUUCACAACAGUCCGGAACCGCCACUCCUUUGCUGUUGCGCAAGUCGGUUAAAACCCUGAACCCAUAUAAAAUGGACAUGCCAGAGAAGUUCACGUUUGAUGCUGUGCUCCUCGCCGGAGAAGAGGAGGAGGCAGACGCCACAGCGAGUGCAAACGCUAGUAGCCCGGCUAAUCAACAAGCCAAACGCACGAGCCAGAGCUCUGGCACGAGUGGUGGAAGUAAUGCGAAAACAUCCAAUGUUGCCCUUGUAGCCACACCGCAAGUCAACGCCACAAUCCCCGGUACGGGUGAAAGUCUGAGUCCAGACACACCGUCCGUGAGUAUCGGUGUGCCACCGGAGGAGAACGUUCCCGAGAGUCCCGGCAAAACGAAACAGGACGACCUGGGGAAGAGCUACAUGGAUCGGCUGAUGGAGGUUACAGGGUAUCUGAAUAGACCAGACACCAGUCCGGCGCCGCCGGAACCAGAAGUAUUGGAGAAAGAACAAUCUCGCCUUGAAAAAGAGGAAAAAUUUGCGAUGCCCUCGUCGGAGGAAGUACUGGUAAAACCGGCGGAAUCCAAGAAACACUCGUCCAAGGAACAACUAGAGCCCGCUGCAGGGUCGUCCUCACCGCAGCCUGCUGCAGCGGGAGUAGAACAAAAAACUUCUUCGUCGAAAUCUAGUACCCAAGCGCAAACGACCGGGACUAAUACUACACCCGGUGCGCCAGCUGCGGCGUCCUCGUCCGGUAAGUCCCAAAAUAAACAGAAGAGCGGGUCGUCCGGGUUUUUCGGAAGCAUGUUUUCCUCUCUGGCGAACUCGUCCUGGCUUUCCUCCAGCUCGAGCUCUUCUAUCGCCAGCACGGAGAAGCGCAACUACGGGAAGAAGAACAAAAAGAAAGCGAUGGAGCAGCAGGAACAGGUACAAGGUGGUCCCCAGUACGCUCCGUUCAGCCCGCCUAGCAGGGAGAAGGAAAAUGAAAACGUUUUAGAACUACCCGCGCACGAGAAAAGUACGAAUGCAGGAGGAGGACCGCCGGCGCGGCAGAAGGACCAGAAGGACCUGCAGCAACCUUCCAUCGCCGAGCAACUCGAGGAGGAAGUCGGAGGGUCGACGAAAGAGCGGACCCCGCCCACCAGCGUUCGGGAUCUUGACCAACUGAUCGAAGUGGAGAAGGUUUCCGAACGACAAAAAGACCCGACCAAGGAAACCGCUUUGGCUGCAACAACAUCUUCCAGCGUGAAGAAAGUGGAUUCAGCAUCGUCUCCCUCUGCCGCGGCGGGCACCGUGGAGGUGCAGCAGGCUGCGCCGAUCCAUCCGCCGACAAAACUUGAUCUCUUUUCAAGCCCGCACGUACUAGUGCAGCCGAUUUCAUCGUCCCCGAGCGCUGCAAUGUCGGUUGGAAAGAGUCAGUUGACACCCGCAGGAAUGACCCCAGCACUUUCUAGUAGUACCGGCGGAGGUUCUGGAACGGUGUUUAAGCCGGCCCGCACCAGCGGCGGGCCGGCGAUCCCUUCGCCCAACAGCUCACUGCCUUCAGUGGAGGAGGGUCCUCCGGGAGCAAGUUCAACGUCGCAGCACGGUGUCCCAUCGCCCGACACGAUGCCGAUGAAGUCGACUGGCGGGGAUGUUUCGAACAAGAGCCAAGGCGGGACCACUGCCGCGGGACUAUUACCGCCGACCAUCUUGGACCUCCACAAGAACAAACCGAGCUACAACUCACCGGGCACAACGGAUUUGCUGGCGCAGACGCCGAGCGGAGUGGCCGGGGCUCCUAACCUUACAACCGGGGAGCAGAUGUUGUUUCCGAAUAGCCCACUGUGGUCGCCGCCGAUGAGUGCAGCAGCAGCAGCAAGUUCAACGGGGGUGCAGGUGCAAUCUGCAGGCACAGUAAAUAACAUGUCGUCGCCGAUGAACCAUGAACCAAGUGCGACUGCUGCAGCCAAAAAUUCGCUGAUGAACGAACAAGACCACGUGCAGCCGUUUCUUCCGGCACAGGUCAACACUUCGUCCGCUUCAAGUCCACAAUCUGCUUUUCUGGCUCCUGUUGCCGAUCCUGUAGAUCCAGCGGAAAAGCAGUUAAUCGCGAGGCUCGUUGUUGCCGAGGAUUUUGAGCCGGUCGUCGUUCUGGAGCAAGAAAUUGUCCACCUGCAGUGUCCCCCUUCCUUCAUGGCCAUCACCUUGAAAGACGGUGCUACGAACGAGAACGUCUGGCAAAACGCGCUGCAGUUGCCCGUGCGCUUUCAAAAUCUGCAUCUUUACCGCAUGGAGUACAAAAAUGUCAACGCGCUUUCGAAGACCUCCGCUAUUGGCGGAAUGUACGCUCCAGGAGGUUCUCCAACCAUCACCCAAGGUGACGAGUUGAAUCCGGCAAAGCAAGUGCGGAACGUGCUGGAGCAAAUCCUCGUGCGCUGUCCGGUGGGAAAGUUUUCUUCCGAGAUGCCCAAGCUACGUAUCCAGACGCGCGGCAGCAGCGGCCGGGUGGGGUUCGUGGACAAGUCGCAAGAGGGCGAGAAAACCGGCGAGGGAAUUUUCGAGUACACGAUUUUUUUCGAAGCAGAAGCGGUAGCGGAGGACGUCGCAGCUGUAAAGGGAACAGGAGAAGAGCACGCGGAUCAGGGUUCUGCUGGUGUUGACGCGGUGGACACCGAGGUGGUGGAGUUGUUUCUGGACUGCAAGUGCUGUUUGCAAGGCGAACUCUCUGUCUGGCGGAAAGAGUAAUACGUAUGCGAGGAGUGGAGCUGGAGGCGGUCAAAAUCACAUCUGUUUACUACUCGGAAGAUCUUUAUUGUUUUUGUAUGAUUGGUCACAGAAAAUGAAAACAAAUCGAAGUCAGAACUUUUCAAAUGAAUCAUGGUUGAUGCUGGGUAUGAGAAAACUAAGCACGGGUCAAUGAAUAGGGACAUGCUUCUUGUUGCAGAUGAACAACAACUUUGCUUUUGAAUCCUUUUUAAGAGUAGAUAGUCGAU